GACCCGAGCGGCCCCCGGCUCGCCAGCCCCGCGCAGCGCCGCGCAGCAUGCGCUAGGAACGAUCUGUAGGACCACCCCAGGACCAGCUUCCAGAAGCCUCUACUGCCCUGAGGUCACACACCUGAUCCCCAUACAGGCUUCGUACAGACUGUAGACGUGGACGGGGCCUCAGUGCAUCCCUGCCUGUCCUCACUUAGCGCAGCACCUGGUGAAGUGUAGGGACCAAGCCAGAGUACCUCUGCACCUCCAGGACAAGAUGGCGGCCAAGCAGCCCCCACCUCUCAUGAAGAAGCACAGCCAGACGGACCUCGUGAGCCGCCUGAAGACCCGCAAGAUCUUGGGUGUGGGCGGCGAGGACGAUGAUGGGGAGGUUCACCGAUCCAAGAUCAGCCAGGUCUUGGGCAAUGAAAUCAAGUUUGCUGUUCGGGAGCCUCUGGGGCUCAGGGUCUGGCAGCUCAUAUCUGCUGUGCUCUUCUCUGGCAUCGCCAUCAUGGCCCUUGCCUUUCCAGACCAGCUCUAUGACGCCGUGUUUGAUGGAGCCCAGGUGACCAGCAAGACUCCCAUCCGCCUCUAUGGUGGUGCCCUCCUCAGCAUCUCUCUGAUCAUGUGGAACGCUCUCUACACGGCCGAGAAAGUGAUCAUUCGGUGGACGCUGCUCACGGAAGCUUGCUACUUCGGCGUCCAGUUCUUGGUGGUCACUGCCACACUGGCCGAGACGGGCCUGGUUUCCCUGGGAAUCCUGCUGCACCUGGCCAGCCUCCUUUUUGUCGCCAUCAGCAUUUACUACUAUUACCAAGUCGGCCGAAGACCCAAGAAAGUCUAGCUGCCCGUGCCCGGCCCCCUCGGGGCAGGGAGGUCCUGGGGCCUCAGUUUCCCUUUGGUACCUGGAAGACAGGAAGGACCCUACCUGGGUGGCAGGGGUGGCUGCCUUCCCCAUGCCGGGCACACCACAUACUGUGGUCUCCGGGUUUGGGGAAGGACUGGCCCUCAGCAACUGUCUCUUCAGCCUACACAGGGACACCUCCUGUUUUUGGGUCUCUUGUCUCUGGCCCCCCUGGACGGAUACUGGAGAACUGGUGUCUGGGUGUGGGGCUAAGGUGACCCUUCUUCCGGGCGACCCUUUUGAGAGAGGCUGUGGCUGCCUUCCUGUCCUCCCUCCACACCCUCAGCCAGUGUAGAGCGGAGCAGCUGAACUUGGCUUCUUUCUCUGCCUGGAAAACCUGACGACUUGACCCUGUGUCCCUGCUCCUGUCUGUGGCCCUGCCCCACCUGGGAGGCACACCCCGUAAGCACACCCCGCCCUGCCCACAGCCCAGCAGCCCCGACAGGCGGCUUUGAGACUGCUCUUCCCGCUCAGGCUCUGUGAGUUGGGCUACACACACCCAGUGUCGUCCCCACCGGGGAUGCUCCCAGCUUCUGGAGGCCCUAAGGAGCCCUCUUCCCCUACUGGCCCAGGCCCAGAGGCCGCCAGAGGCUUCACCACAGGCCCGCCUGGGCAUGGACAUGAUAACCCCGCUGGAGGCCACUGGAAGUGAUGGGGUUUGGAGGAGGAAUAAAGCAGCAGUGGUUCUUCCUGAUUCCUGGGCCUGCAGGCAUGCCCUCCGGGGGCCUCUCCCACACCCCUCCCUGGGGGCUGCACCCUCUGCACCUGUGGCUCCCGCUGCCCCCAGGGCCUGGCUGCGUAGGAUGGGGGCCCUUCAGACUGCGCAGGAAAAUAAAAAGGUUGCAUCUGGCUUCCUCCUCUCGGCCCCCCAUCCCCUUUCCCAAUGCCCUGGACUAGGCCCUGGAGCUUCCUCAGAGCAGCGGAGGAGCCGCCCGUCCCUCCCCAUGGUCUGUGUGCCCCUCUCCCCCAGCUGCCACUCGUUUGUCCCUGCUGUCAGCAUUCUCCUUCCCUCCAGCACCCUGGAAAUGGCAGCCCCUGUGUGCUGAGGAGGGGUGUGGAGGGAGGGUGUGGAGAACAGCCCAGGCCUCAGACUUGCUUCCCAGCCAGAAAAUGUGUGGGGCGAGGCUUGGGGAGAGGGAUGAUCCAUCUGUGCAUUCCGGCUCUGGUUACUGACAUAGGGGCCUCCCCAGACCCCCCUCCCGCGCCCCACAGCUGCCACAGCUACCCAGUCGAGGAGGGAGGCUCAGGGCUGUGCGGCUGGUUACCUGGUUUAGCAGAAGAGCCUGGCACUAAGGAAGGGCCGCUCUUACCUGGUGUGUGCCUCUGGCUGCUGACUCUGUGCCUCUCUCCAGAAUCACAUUCCCGCCUUGAGGAGCGGUGGCGGCACCAGGUGGUGUUGAUGGCCGGUGGGCAGCGCCCCCAGGCACGGCUACAGCCCUCCAUCUGACCCAUGCUUUCGGACCUGGCUCACCUGCCCGCAGGUGAUGGGCGUUUUUGUCCUAAUGAGCACCAGGUGUGGAGGGGAAACCCCAGAGGGCAGGCAGGGAAGCCCAAGGCUUUGGAGCUGAGGUCUGUGUGGGCAUCUGUCAGGACUGAGCCAGCCACUUGUCCUCACUCAGCUGGGGUCGGGAAGGGGGUUGUCAGGGCCUUGGCCCUGAGAGGUGUUAGGGAAGGCAUGUGGGCAUGGGGCUGCCUGCCUCCAGCGACCCUUAGAAGCAUUGCAGUGGGGCCUAGAGGAAGAAGCCUGGCGGCAGGAUGUUAAGGCCAAGGGGAGGUCUGUUGGGAGGAGGCCGUGACGAAGAGCAGGGAGACAUAGGGACCCUCCAUUCUAGUGAGAAGGGCCAGUGUGGACCCAGCUUUCCAUCAUAUAGGUUUGGGAAGACCGAGAAUCCCGGUCCCCUUUGCCACCAGAACCCAGCACCCCUUGCUCAGGCUCCUAGCCCAGCCCAGCCCACCCCAAUCAAGACCAUCUUUCUCCAUGGUGACUAUUUAUUCCUCAUUCCUUUUUCUUUUUGUAAGAAAUAGUCACAAAAACAAGUGCAAAACCAUCUGUGGGCAUCCUGUUUUAUAUUACAAAACUCCUCUUGAUAUACAAUAUAAAAAGGGGGGGCUCACAGGGAAUAAACAUGAUAAAUUAGCUCUGCUGUCUACCGCAGGUACAGCUACAGUCUUCAAAAUAGACUUUCAACGUAGGGACCCAGUGG